AUGCGCAUCUCCUCUUUGUCAUUUCCUUUGGUGCUAGGCCUCGUUGGGUCUUCUGCGGCCUAUCCUCGCCCUGAGCCAGAGGUGGUCUUGCGCCGCGAGUCGGAGAAUCAGGCCAAGGCCGAUGCUGUCAAGGAAGCCUUCCAACAUGCAUGGAAUGGAUAUGUUGAACAUGCUUUCCCUCAUGAUGAGUUGCACCCCGUGAGCAAUGGCUAUGGUGAUUCUAGGAAUGGAUGGGGAGCCUCCGCUGUCGAUGCCCUUUCAACCGCCAUUGUCAUGGGUAACAAAGACGCUGUUCAGAAGAUCCUUGACCAUAUUGAAACUAUUGACUUCUCGAAGACUAAGGACGAGGUCAGCUUGUUUGAGACGACUAUCCGAUACCUGGCUGGCAUGUUGUCUGGCUAUGAUUUGCUCAAGGAUCCUGCAACGAAGAAUCUUGGGGCCAAACCAACCCAAGUCGAUGCCCUGCUUACCCAGUCCAAGAAACUUGGUGAUGUCUUGAAGUUUGCAUUUGAUACACCAUCCGGUGUUCCCUACAAUAACAUUAACAUUAAUUCCAAGGGAAAUGAUGGAUCGGGAACGAAUGGUCUUGCAGUGACUGGAACUCUGGUGCUAGAGUGGACCCGGUUGUCUGAUUUGACUGGUGAUGAUGAGUAUGCCAAGAUCAGCCAGAAGGCUCAGUCAUACCUUUUGAAGCCUCAGCCUUCGAGCGGAGAACCAUUCCCCGGCCUGGUGGGAAGCAACAUCAACAUCUCCAACGGCCAUUUCACCGACGGUGCUGUCUCUUGGAAUGGUGGCGACGACUCGUUCUACGAGUACCUAAUUAAGAUGUACGUGUAUGACCCCAAGCGGUUCGCGUCAUACAAGGACCGCUGGGUUCUCGCAGCCGAGUCGACAAUCAAACACCUCCAAUCGCAUCCCGCCCCUCGCCCGGAAGUAACCUGGCUGGCCUCAUACUACAACGGUCAAUAUGAUCUUAGCUCACAGCACCUGACCUGUUUCGAUGGUGGUAAUUUUAUCCUGGGGGGAACUGUACUGGAUCGGCCAGACUUCAUAGAUUUCGGCUUGAAGCUCGUGGAUGGCUGUGAGGCUACUUACAACCAGACCCUGACCGGCAUCGGACCAGAAUCAUGGGGCUGGGACCCAAAGAAAGUGCCAUCCGACCAAAAAGAUUUCUAUGAGAAGGCCGGAUUCUACAUCACCAACGGCGCAUAUGACUUGCGCCCUGAAGUGAUCGAGAGUUUCUACUACGCCUAUCGCGUCACGGGGAAUGAAAUCUACCGCGACUGGGUUUGGAACAGUUUCAAAGCGAUCAAUGCUACCUGCCGCACUGGCUCAGGAUUUGCCGCUGUAAGCAACGUGAAUACAGCUGAUGGUGGCUCGAAGUUCGAUAAUGAGGAGAGCUUCCUAUUUGCCGAAGUCAUGAAAUACGCGUACCUUGUACACGCAGAGGAUGCCCCAUGGCAAGUUCAGAAGGGCCAAAAGAAUGCCUACGUGUUCAACACUGAAGCUCACCCCAUGCGCGUGUCGCACACCUAG